AUGGCUCAGUGCAACAAGGGAAUGGGGAUGUGCGAGAGUGACAUUGCAUACUUCUUCCGCCUCGUGAAGAACAAGGGCUUCGAUCCCAACGCACUAUGGGACUGGAAUGGGAAAUACGCGAUUGACAAGUAUGCGUUGGAGAUCUUGGGUAUAGAGAAGCGCAAGUACAUCACAGUGGAAGUUCGUGUGGAUGGGUGGCCCACUGUCUUCAUUCUGAAGUUCAUUGACCCUCUGGAGGCGCUACGGCGGCUGUGGGCAGACCCGAGGAAUGCUAAAGGUUUCGUACACAGAGCAGCACCAACAUAUGAAGGAGAGGACAGGGUUUAUGGGGCGGCAGAGACAGGAACGUUAUGGGAGGAGGCGCAGUGGGGAGAUGAGGGUGUGUGUGUGAGUCAGUGGGGAGAUGAGGAGGUGUGUGUGAUGCAAUGGGGAGAUGAGGAGGUGGCAGCGAUGGUGGGGACAUGUUUUUGUUAG